UCCCAGAACGCACUCUCCUGCGCACCCCCUGGGGGCGCGCACCCGUGCCCUGAUGAUUGGUGCCCAGCAGUGCCACCCACCAGUUCCGCCCACCUGUGCCCAGCAGUGCUGCCCACAAGUGCCCAUCAGUGCACCCACCUGUGUUCAGCAGUGCACCCACCUGUGCCCAGCAGUGCCACCCAGCAGUGCCACCUACCUGUGCCCAGAAGUGCUACCUACCUGUGCCCAGCAGGGCCACCCACCAGUGCCCACCCACCUGUGCCCACCAGUGCCACCCACCUGUGCCCACCAGUGCCCAUCACUACAGUGCUGCCAUCAGUGCCACCAGUCAGUGCCCAGCGGUUGUGCCAGUCAGUGCCCAGCAGUUGCACCAGUCAAUGCCUAGCAGUGCUGCCAGUCAGUGCCCAGCAGUGAUGUAAGUCAAAGCCACCUAUCAGUGCUGUCUAUCAGUACCCAUCAUCAGUGCCGCUUAUCA